UUAACCUAAUUUAAAACGAAUAACGCAUGAGACUACAUCAAUGGAGAUUUAUAACUUCCUACAUAAAUAUAAUAUGUCAUUUUUCUAACGCACCUAAAUUUGACACAUACGAAGUCGUGAAAAAAUUGCAAAAAGCUGGCUUUAAUAAUGAACAGGCUUCUGUAUUAUGUGACACCCUCAAAGAUACAACAGACUCAUCCUUUUCUCGGAUAGACGAAAUAAAAAUUUCACGAGAGGACCAUAAUCAGUUUGCUGCAGCUAUUGACCUGAAAUUUUCAAAUUUAAAAAACGAAAUUGAAAUUUUGGAUAAAUCGAAAUUUACUCUUGUCAAAUAUGAACAACAGAAAAUACAUGCCGAUUUGGAAAAGUUGCGUUUAAGUCUUAACGAUGAGAUAGCCAAGUUGCAGGCCCACCUGCGUUUAGAUUUCAGUUUAGAAAAAGGCCGCAUUCGCGAGCUCCACGCGCAACAGUCGCAAGCGAUCCAGGAUGCUAGAAACCACGUGGACACAGAAACGGAAAGACUAAAAACUUUGAUCGAGCAAGGGAAGUUGGAUUUUCUUAAGUAUUUUUUUGGCGCAAUGAUUUCCGGAAUUUCGUUGGGCUUUGCUUAUAUGAGGCUUAGCAAGUAAAAAUAAAUUGUUGGCACUAGAGUUUCAUUAAAUAUUUU